AUGGCGGGAAAGCAGCAAUCUCCUUGGAACGGCGUGGUGUCUGGCACUACUGCUGCCAUUUUGGCCAACAUUCUUGUUUACCCUCUGGAUAUCGUGAAGACGCGAUUGCAAGUUCAAGUCCAAAGAACAAAUCAGCAAGGUAAAUGUGCUGGUUACGAGAAUGACCAUGACACAACCAAGGAUACCCACUACAACAACGCAGCGGAUGCAAUUUUCCAGAUCCUUCGUGAAGACGGUGUUUCGGGUCUAUACAACGGACUGGAAAGCUCUAUUGCCGGCACGGCAUCCAUGAAUUUUGCCUACUUUUACUGGUCAGCAGUUGCACGAAGCUUGCAUCAAGCAAUCCUGCAGUCAUAUGGCUUCUCAGAUACAAACAGCAUCAUAAAGGAGCUUGGCCUAGGUGCUGUUGGCGGAGCUUUGGCUCAAUUAUGUACCAAUCCCAUCGCUGUCAUCUCAACACGACAGCAGACGCGCAAAGCCAGCGAAAAGAAAAUUUCUAUGUGGGCGACAAUGAAGGAGAUUUCCCAGAGUGAAGAUGGAUGGACUGGGCUUUGGAGAGGCUUUAAAGUCAACCUCAUUCUAGUCGUCAACCCCAUGAUUACAUAUGGUGUUUACCAGUGGCUAAGAAGAGGCCUGGUAACACUAAACAAAGAACUUGGUUCUCUUGAUGCGUUUCUUCUCGGUGCUCUUUCAAAGGUUUUAGCAACUAUUGCUACCCACCCACUUAUUGUUGCGAAGGCCAUGCUACAGUCAACCCCUCCAGAUUCCCGAAGGGGGAAGCCUUUCAGAGGAUUUACCGAGGUUCUUGCAUAUAUCAUAAAGAACGAAGGAUCCUCGCGCCUAUACAAGGGCCUCGCUCCACAGAUUAUCAAGGGGUUCCUAGUUCAAGGUCUCAUAAUGAUGCUGAAAGAGCGAACCGAGAUUCUACUCAUGCUGGCAAUUUCAUUUCUUAAAAGACGCUCACAGCGACGUUCUUUCUUGUAA